AAGAAGAUCAAAAGGUUGUUCAUUGUUGUAGCAUCGAUCUCUAAAUCCCAGAUUGAUUAAUUCGUCAACGAUCUUUCUCACGCCGAUUAGUUCUUCGUCGCCGCCCAACUAUUCACACGGCGAAGAUGAACGGCGGUCCUUCCGGUUUCCAUAAUGCUCCGGUGACGAAAGCCUUCGUCAUCACGAGCGCUCUUUUCACUGUCGUCUUCGGGAUCCAAGGUCGUUCUUCUAAGCUUGGUUUGUCUUACCAGGAUAUUUUUGAGAAGUUCCGGAUAUGGAAGUUAAUCAUGUCAACUUUUUCCUUCUCCUCCACACCGGAAUUGAUGUUUGGAUUGUAUUUGCUAUACUACUUCCGAGUUUUUGAGAGACAGAUUGGCUCAAAUAAGUACUCGGUUUUUAUCUUCUUCUCAGGGAGUGUAUCGCUACUACUAGAGGUCUUUUUGUUAUCACUGCUUAAAGAUACCACCACAAACUUACUGACGUCUGGACCAUACGGCUUGAUAUUUGCUUCGUUUAUACCCUUCUACUUGGACAUUCCUGUUUCAACAAGAUUUCGAGUAUUUGGUGUCAACUUCUCUGAUAAGUCAUUCAUAUAUCUUGCAGGAGUUCAGCUUUUACUAUCUUCUUGGAAAAGAUCCAUUUUUCCUGGAGUUUGUGGCAUAAUUGCAGGUUCCUUGUAUCGUUUGAACAUCCUUGGCAUCCGCAAGGCAAAGUUCCCAGAGUUUGUGGCUUCGUUCUUUUCCCGGCUUUCUUUUCCCUCCUUUAGUAACUCUCCUCCUCCAGCACCAGGCAGGAACAUUGUUGGAACUAUAUCACCUAACACAGGGCGCCGAGCAGAGAGAUCUCAGCCAGCUCCAAUGGCAUCAAGUGUGGAGCCAUCUGAGGAAGCCAUAGCUACAUUGGUAUCAAUGGGCUUUGACAGAAACGCAGCAAGACAGGCGCUUGUGCAUGCAAGAAAUGAUGUCAAUGCCGCCACAAACAUCCUUCUCGAAGCUCAAUCCCACUAAUACAAAAAGAGUUUUACUCUGAUUGGGAAGAACCAGAAACAUUGUUGAAUCCAGUUUCAGAAACACAACAGUUGAUGAAUUCUUCGGCUGUCAUUGGACCAACAUGUUUCAGCACAUAAUCCGGCCAAAGAUCUGACCAACCUUCUCGUUUUGUGUUUUUUAGUGUAGGAAAUUGCAUAGGUUAUGUAGAACAAAUUUGCGAGUUAAGAUAAAUACUGAGAAGCUCAUCUAUCUGUAACUUCAAGACUUCAAAAAACACAGAUCUUAAUGCAUUUACACAAUC